CGCUCGCAAUAUCGGUAUGGAGAGUCGACGCUGCAUCCAUACGUGGUUCGGGUAAUUACUUGGUUGGGGUUGGAAUUUCGGAUGUAACUGGACCAGCCGCUGAUGUAAAUAUGAUGGGAUAUACCAUGCUCUCACAGAAAGUGAAGGGAAUUCAUUUACGUCUUCGCUCGAGAGCGUAUAUCGUGGUUGAUCAAAAUACCGGCAAACGCAAUGUAUUCGCAUCAGUUGAUAUCUGCAUGGCUAGCACGCCGGUUCGUCGACUGACCCUGACAAAAUUAAAAGAGCAAUUUGGUGAUUUGUACAACGAUCAGAAUGUUGCCAUAGCAGGAACACAUACACAUGCUGGUCCAGCUGGUUUUUUACAGUAUACGUCCCUUCAAAUUCUGUCGAGUGGUUACGUUAAAGAUAACACAGAAACUAUAGCUUCAGGCAUCUUUGAGUCGAUUGUCAGAGCUCAUGAAUCUCUGCAACCAGGCAACAUCUAUGUAGCGAGCGGAGAAUUGUUGGAUGCUAACAUCAAUCGCAGCCC